AUGUCUUUAUUCAUAACGUUAACGGUUAAAAAUAUUGCCUAUGUUACUCCUAAUUUUGUAUCACUUGAAGGAGUACAUAUUCGUUUUACGGAUAAUCAAAGACAUUCUGUAUUUCAAAAAUUUCUUGAUAAUUUAAAUAAAAUGGUUUAUACGAUACCUUCAUUGAUUGAAGAUAAAAUUUCUCCUUAUGCAAAAAAAUUAAUUAAAUUAGUUGACGAUUUUGUUGAGGACUUUGGAAUUUGUUUCUUUCAAAACUAUUAUUCUGAAGGUGUUGGAUUAACUAAUCUUGAAUAUGCACUUAUUGCCGAGAUUACGGGUAGAUCACUUCGCAUCGCUCCUGAAGCUAUAAAUUGUUCUGCUCCUGAUACUGGAAAUAUGGAAGUCUUUGUUAAAUAUGGUACCCUUGAUCAAAAAGAAAAAUGGUUAAAACCUUUAUUAAAUGGUGAAAUUCGUUCUGCUUUCGCUAUGACUGAAAAAGCUAUUGCAUCAUCUGAUGCUACAAAUAUUGAAACUUCAAUUAAACGUGUUGGUAACCAUUAUGUAAUUAAUGGUCAUAAAUGGUGGAUUUCUGGUGCUGGUGAUCCAAGAUGUGCUUUAUUUCUAGUGAUGGGAAAACCUUCUUUUAAUGCAAAUAUUCAUAAACAAAGUGUAAUUAUUGUUCCUAGGAAUACUCCUGGAAUUACGAUUGUUAGACCACUUACUGUUUUUGGUUAUGAUGAUGCACCAGAAAGGCAUUGUGAAAUUAUUUUUAAAGACGUUAAGGUACCUGUUGAAAAUAUUAUUUUGGGUGAAGGAAGAGGAUUCGAAAUUAUUCAAGGACGUUUGGGACCUGGUAGGAUUCAUCAUUGUAUGAGAUCGAUUGGUGCUGCAGAACGUGGAUUAGAUUUAAUGCUCAUGCGUGUUACCGAUCCUUCUCGUCGAACUUUUGGAAAAUUAUUGGCUGAACAUGAAACUAUAAUUGCUGAUAUUGCACAUUCACGAAUGUUAAUUGAUCAAGCUAGGUUACUCGUUCUAAAUGCUGCAGAUAUGAUUGAUAAAGUAGGUGCCAAAAGCGCCUUGAAAGAGAUUGGUAUGGCAAAGGUUAUAGUACCAAGCAUGUUACUUACAGUUAUUGACCGGUCAAUCCAGUCUCAUGGAGCCGGUGGUUUGUGUGAUGAUUUUCCACUUGCUUCCCUUUAUGCUAGUGGGCGUACUUUAAAAUUUGCCGAUGGACCUGAUGAAGUACACAUACAACAAGUUGGUAAAUUAGAAUUGAAAAGAGCAAGAAAAGUUAAAGAAGAGUAUGAAAAAAGACCAAAAAUUAAAAAUGAGCACCGUCGAAAAUUUUAUAAAGAAGCUUGGACCAGAGAAAAGGAGAAACGACAAGCUAUGGAACAGGAACGUAACGUUAAUAUAAUUCAAGAGAAUAUAGAAUUUAUAUUAGGCAGAUGUAGAGUUAAGCUAGAAAAUGGUUGCUCGGAUGCUACUUUGGUCGCAUAUACCAAAAUUGUUUGUCAUUUGGAACGUUUAGAUCUAGCAAUAAUUAAACCAGAAGUUCCUAUAGCAUCUGAAAUUAAAUUCAUGGUGGACAAUUUCAUAGACACGUAUAAAGGUCUGAGACCUGAUUUUGAUCCUGUGUUAAUGAGACCAAUACCUUUCCACGGGGAGAAAUGUCUGUUGAAUCCAGACGGUGAACCGAAUGGAGGCUACAAAUUCGGGAAAAAAGCCAGAUCUACAAGUUUUGUAAAGGUUGACAUGAUGGAAAAUGAAAUAGUACUUGCUGAGGUUUCACGAUUACUACCUCAACAAGAUAAAGAAAUUAUUGACUGGAAGAAAUUGAUACAUAUUUGCAAAGAUUGUUUUGAUGAAUGA